AUGGCCAAGCGCACCAAAAAAGUCGGCAUCACUGGCAAGUACGGCACUCGUUAUGGUGCCUCGCUCAGAAAGCAGGUUAAGAAGAUGGAAAUCACCCAACACGCCACCUACACCUGUACCUUCUGUGGCAAGGAUGCUGUGAAGCGUACUGCUGUUGGUAUCUGGAAGUGCAAGGGCUGCAAGAAGACUUUGGCUGGUGGCGCUUACACCGUCUCCACCACUGCUGCUACCACUGUUCGCUCCACUGUCCGUCGUCUCCGUGAAAUGGUCGAGAUCUAA